GCCAAAAGCAAAUAUAAUACAGCUCAUGGUCAUGAUCUAGAUCUUGGUCUUCUACUUGAACAAGAACUCUUUCGCACUGGUUAGAGUAGUGGGGGCUUUUGUAGAUAAACAAAAAUGCUUCAAAAUGCUUCCACCACGUCUCGAAAUUCCGACUUUGAACCGUUUGAGAUUAUCGCUCGUAUCAUGUUGGGCUUCCGUACAAGCUUUACCUUUAUGACCCAUUUUCUUUAUAUUUAUAGGUAGACGUAGAAAGCUCUUUACGUCGAGGUCGAGCUAUGAGGUAUGAGAACGAUAAUAAAUGAAGCUGCGCUCCUGUCUUGUUGACCGUGAUGUCCGACGACCGACGGAAAGGCAAAGUAGAAAUCGGAGCGAGAGUGAGUGUGUGCACCUGAUAAAACGAAAACAAACACCAGUGCAGAAUGAAAUUACACAUUAAGUGUGGUGGUCGCUGACUCUGUCAUGAUGAACGUGCAUGCUCUAACUACUAGAAUCAGAAGAACAGGAGCAUGCUCCGCAGGGUUUCCAUCGCGUUCCGGGUCAGUAUGGUUGUCAUUUGUAUUUGAUAGACUACGAUAGCAUCGAGAACCAGGUCAAUAAUUGGAAAAGGUUGAGAGGUUCAGCCGUGGGUAGCAGGACCAGGAUAACAAGAAUAACAAAAUGAGUCCGAUUCCUGAAUAAAGCAGGGGGCUCCCUGGCUACGAUGCCGAGCGUGAAACGAUCACCCAUACUUAGAAUGAAUCAUAUAGUUGACGUCCACUCGCAAUAUUUUACGUUUUUCUGUUAUUUUGCGUUCUACUCACUUUGAAUCAUGUUAGUUUAUCAUGUCUUAGUCUUACUAAUGUCAGAAGCAGAACCUGAAGCAUGGCGGUAGCGAAAAUUUCAAUCUCCACGCCUCCGGACUUUCACCUCAGUAAUUCCAAUCCCGAUCCAUCUGUGUAGUUACUAGCUGUUCAUCAUCUUUUUCUUUCGGCUGGCAGUUUUAGCGGAACCAGAAAACAAUUCAAAAAUUUCUCCAGCCGCACCUAGGCUUAGCAGUGACAGUGUGUUGAGAGCUGAGAGCACGCACUCACCAGACCGAAAAAUCUGAACCACCAAAGCAACCCAAAAACAAGAUGGGAGUCGCAGUCCGGUCUCUCGCCGCGUCGACGAUUUUUACGAAAGUGGACAACUCAUUUCUCCCUAGUUCUCAUUCACGAGCACAAAAUCUCAUUUUGCACCAAAAGUUCGUAGUGUCAAUGGAAGAGCAAGGCCAAUUACGAGUGCCAGAUACAAUCUGCACAAAGUGUGCUGUGUACUCUUGUCGCGGCAGUAUAAAUUUGAAUCGAGGGUCGCGGGGAGGGGGGUUGUCCACUUACUUUGAUAUUGUUCGCGACGCAGCUCGCGUCUAGUGGCGUCUCUGGAUACACCCUUUAUCCUGAGGAAAUUUUGAGGUCAUCGAUUAAAACAUGGUUAUGAUGAAGAGAGAUGACUUCUACUGCUACUCGUACUCGUUGCUCCGUACCAAGAAAAGAUUUGCAUGAUUAGCAGCUCGGGCCCGGCGGGGCGGAAGAUGAUGAUGAUGAAGAUGAAAUACUCGCGACAUAUUUCGCUGCGCUGACCCUUCUAGACUUCUCUAUUGCGUUCGAAGCUGCUUGCCCCAGCGGUGCAAAGGUUUUUUCAAAAGGUGCAGUCGAGCCUUGGUGUGCGUGAAAAAUGCAAUUGCUCAGUAAUGAGGACGCGCGAAAUAUUAUACAUGUUGCCAGUCUUGAACUUUACUAGUGAUAGUGUGUGCAGCCGCAGCACCGUAGUACUGCGCAUCACUUAUAUGGAACGUGGAAAAAAGAAAAUCUUGUUGCUAGCUGCCUGGUCUGAUGAUCCCUCUUAUUCCAAAGGGAUAGCGGGGGAAAAAUUUUCGCGAAGCGCAAGGGCGAACCGGCGCUGAAGAAGCUGAAAGACGCAGCAAAGAAGCAGGAGAACAAGAAGUCGGCGGCGGACCCCAAGGCUCCGGCGUCGGCCAAGCCGUCGAUGAUGAUGGAGAAAAAAGCGAAAACUACUACGGCGGCCAAGUCUGCCGCCGGGCUCAUGGCGAAGAGCAAGCUGGUAAGUACGAAAAAGGCGUCCAUGGGUGUCGACUGCACGAUGAAGGGCCCCGAUGCGGGCGUUGAAGUCACCGACACCGCGGACGUGCAGUGGAUCUGCACUGAGAUGACCAAAACGGAGACUGGUACUACUAACGAGUUGCCGUUUCGAGGGCUCUUGAACUACAAAAAGAACCUCGCGACACCCCGAAAUGCUAUCAAGCUGCACACGCUGGCGGACGGCGAGGAAGCGGGAAACGCGAGCACGCCGGUCGUGAACUACAGGUUCGUCGAGUGCAAGGAGCCGGAUAUCGACAUCAUGUCCUGCACCGUGGGACAGAUCUGCGAUGCGUGCCAGAAAGCCACGGACAAGUGCCCGGACACGCCGACGACGGAAGAGCAGAUGGGCCCCGACGCGUCAGGUGAAGGCGGAUUGCUCAAGUGCACGUAGAUGGCACUACACUGGUACUAACCAUCACUAUCCGCGAUGCGGUUGUCAGCAGAAAGAAUUUAUUCACGGUUACCAAUUUAAUUACGAUGUCAGUCUGUAGCGGACAGUUCUUGUGCUUUGCGUCUACGUCUACUCUCCACCUUGAAGGGAGAAAUUCAAACAAACGCCAAGAGCGAUUCUGUAUUGCAGAAAAACAGCUCAUCGUAUUAUAUGUUGAUCGACCUGUGCCCAAAACAACUUUCUGCAUGAAAGUUUGAUUGCUGUCUGAUUGUACAAGGAAGCAAACGAAGCCAUGAAAAAUAUUGAAAUAUAACGGAGGUACUUACGACAAGCGUACGACGAGCUUCGUCUUCUCAGCGGAGUCCGAUACGAAAAGAAACAAGUCAACUGAUUGAUCUGCCAGCGACCACCAGAACACGUCUGGUCUGCUCCACCCCUUCUUCUACGUGUUGGCACUACAACUCACAAAAAGAUAUUGAUUUCGUCAACUCGAAGUGUCAUAGAGAUGCAGUAUAGCAAGAUGUCGAAUCAAUUCAUCAACUCCUUCAGCAGCCAGUAUCAGCAACAUUUUUUUCAAAACCAAAUCCCCUCUUGGCGAUAUGUCCAUCAAAUGGACCAUAGAUAUAGCUGUAAUUUCUAACUACAGCAUCGAUGAUGAUCAUCAUAAUCUUCAGACGAAGUAUCUGUAUCUCUAGCACGAGAAAAAAUGUAAUCCUGCGAAACGAAUAAAACGCACAACAUGGAAAUAUAAAAAUCCUAAACCAGG